GGAGCUAGGAGGAGGAGGGCGUCCAGUGAGCGGAAGUAGCUGUUGGAAGCUUUCGGACGCUUUAAAUUCCUGCGUUGUGAAGCGCUCAGCUUUCUGCUGCGGUCGAGCUUCGCGGUCCGAAUGGCUGUGGACGUGAAGUCUCGAGCGAAGCGCUAUGAGAAGCUGGACUUCCUCGGGGAGGGACAGUUUGCUACGGUUUAUAAGGCCAGAGAUAAGAACACCAACCAGAUUGUCGCCAUUAAGAAAGCCUUGACAUGGUUGAAUCCUUCUCAUCAGGCUUCACUCAGGUGCCUCUUUCAUCUAGAGGUUGCAUUCUCUGUUAAUUCUAGCAAAACAGAUCAAACUCGGACACCGAUCAGAAGCUAAAGAUGGUAUCAAUAGAACAGCCUUAAGAGAGAUAAAGUUAUUACAGGAGCUAAGUCAUCCAAAUAUAAUUGGUCUCCUUGAUGCUUUUGGACAUAAAUCUAAUAUUAGCCUCGUCUUUGAUUUUAUGGAAACUGAUCUAGAGGUUAUAAUAAAGGAUAAUAGUCUUGUGUUAACACCAUCCCACAUUAAAGCCUACAUGUUGAUGACUCUUCAAGGGUUAGAAUAUUUACACCAGCAUUGGAUUCUACACAGGGAUCUUAAACCAAACAACUUGUUGUUAGAUGAAAAUGGAGUUCUAAAACUGGCAGAUUUUGGUCUGGCCAAGUCAUUUGGGAGCCCCAAUAGAGCUUAUACACACCAGGUUGUAACCAGAUGGUACCGGGCCCCUGAGUUAUUGUUUGGAGCAAGGAUGUAUGGUGUAGGUGUGGACAUGUGGGCUGUGGGCUGUAUAUUAGCAGAAUUGCUUCUAAGGGUUCCUUUUUUGCCAGGAGAUUCAGACCUUGAUCAGCUGACAAGAAUAUUUGAAACUUUGGGUACACCAACUGAAGAACAAUGGCCUGAGAUGUGUAGUCUUCCAGAUUAUGUGACAUUUAAGAGUCUCCCUGGGAUCCCAUUGCAGCACAUCUUCAUCGCGGCAGGCGACGACUUGCUCCAACUCAUACAAGGCUUGUUCUUAUUUAAUCCGUGUACUCGAAUUACAGCUUCACAGGCAUUGAAAACUAAGUACUUCAGUAAUCGUCCAGGGCCAACACCUGGAUGCCAGUUGCCAAGACCAAACUGUCCAGUAGAAGCCUUAAAGGAACAGUCAAAUCCAGCCAUGGCCACAAAACGGAAAAGAACAGAGGCCUUAGAAACAGGAGGAUUGCCCAAGAAGCUAAUUUUUUAGUUAUUGAGAAUACUGGACUGAGGAAAGAAAUAAUCUAAAAGGCAAAUAAUGGAGAAAAAAAGGAAACAUUAACUAAAUGCUGUAGAAGUGAAUUUGUAAAUAUUCUACACAUGUAAAAUAUGUACAACUGAGUUAUUUUUAUUAAAUGUAUUUUAAAA